CCUUUCCCUUCCACACUUCCGAAAUUCAAAAAAAGCACUCCACUGAACUACAAAAGAAUCCGAAGAAACCACAAUUCGAGAGAGAGAGAGAGAGAGAGAGAGGAAGAGUUGGAUGCGAUGAAUGAAGAGGGAUUCGAAGAAUGGGACGCAGAUUUCCUGGACCAACUCAUCCAAGUAGAAGAGCUCGCUCUCUGCUCCUCCGCCGCCGCCGCUAACCAAAACCCAAACCCUUCGCAGCGACUCAUCCACGUCGAACACCAAGAACCGCUGCGUCCUGUGGCGGUUUAUUCUCACCACAAUCCCACCGGCUACUCCCCUCCGCGGGAGCUCUCUCAAAGGAACUCCGAUCACGACUCUUUUCCUCGCUUCUCGAACGCAGCUGCCAAAUCCGCUUCUUCUUCGUCUUUGGUUCGCCGCUCCGAUAAUGCCAAAGAGCUCGAAAUCCAAAGGUUAAAGAGGCAGCUCGGAAAUGUGUUGAAGCAGCUUACAAAUCUGGAAAAGGAGUGCCUUGAACUUAGGAAGGGAAGAGACAAGGAAGAGGAGCAGCUUUCAUAUGUAUUUUCCAAGAACAAAGUAAAAGAUGUAGAUGUUCACUCAUCAAAGAGUACAAACUUUGGCAGGGAGUAUGGAGUUCUUGCUUUGGAUCAUCAUGGGGUUCCACAAAAAAUUCAAAAUGCAAUAUCUUCAAAUGAUCAGGCUGGUUCUUGGGUUGAUAGAGCUAUGCCGACCUAUAAAGCCAUUGGAGUUCAGACGGAGGGAGCUGGUGAUCCUGCUCAAGUAAUAUUACAUGAUGAUCCGCUGGCUUGUCAUGCUCUCUCUGAGAAGUUAUUAGCCAUCUGGGGCUCUCCUGGUGACCAAAAGCAUGGAAGAAAUCUGAUUUCCAAGUUGCUUGUGACUUGUCAGACAGAUUUCCAUAUCCUUUUUGGGUUUAUGAGCAUGAAUAUUUCGAAAUUGACAAUGGACUCUCUAGCAGAUGGUAGUUCUGACGUGGCUUUGAAGUUCCAUAAGCACUUGUUUCAUACUUCAGAAGCUGCAAAAGUGUCUCACCUCUACUCCAUACUGACAAAGAUCAGUAAUGGAGUGGUACAGUUGGAGGCCUUGUUUGAACCAUUGCUUGAUCUCUGUAGCUUCGAAAAUGUUGUCAUUGUUCAUAGAUCUCUACGUAUACUCCAUGGCUUUUUGAAGCAACUCUUGAGUUUGGAAAGGAAAUUCGAACGAAGGGACAAUGUCAUUGUUGAAGGACUUUGCUCUGGGAACAACAUUUUGGAUUCCCAUGGAUUUGAUAGAGGCCUGUUCAGUGUGAGCAGAAAUGAAACAUCAUAUGCAGGCCAUACUCCACUUGGGAUUAGAUUACCUGAUGCAGAAAUUCCAAACAAGAAGGAAACCUGGGAUCAUGAUGUUUCUAUCUCAGUUUCUCAUGUAGACUGGGUUUCUCUAGUUGAAGUUAUGCAUCAAAUUGUCACGAGGAAUACUGAAGAAUGUGUGAAGCUAGAGGCAGUUUCAGUCAUGAAUCUGAUUCUAAUAAAGUCUAAUGCUUAUAUGGAGAGGGAAAAGUUUGGCCAGACAAAGGUGUUUGAAAGUCUUCCACAAUUGCUUGGAAAGGAGGCUGGCUUGCGAGUGCAAAAGCAUGCUGUGCAUCUUCUAUAUCUGUUGCUAAACUGUCCAAAACUGUUGGUGACAUUCUGCACUGGUUGUAACGAGGGGGAGGGUGCUGUUUCUGUUGAUGAUAAUGCAAGACCUCAGAAAUUUUUCAAGGUUCUUCAAGGCUUGGCAGAUUGUGUAGCAUGCUGUGGAAAUGGUAUGCAGGAGUUGACACUACGCAAAAAUGCCAUUAUUGUGCUGGCUUUCUUAGCCUCCUCCGGAAAACCUGGCUUUGAAAUUCUUGUGAGUCCCAAGCUUUAUAGAGGGGGAAACUUUCUUAUGUUGAUUUUGCGAGUACUGGUAUCUGAGAUAGAUAUAGAAGCAGCAGUUUGUGCUGAGCCACCAGAAAUCUCCAAAGAGAGGACCUUGCUCAUUCGGGAGGCGCUUAUAUUACUUAACAGACUUGUCUCCAAUGCUGCAUAUUCUAUUACUGCCUUGCGAGUGUUAACAAAUAGCAGAGAUAUGGCCAGCUUGACCAUUGACAUUGCCAAUAGGUUGUCUCGGAAAGGUCAGAGACAUUGGCAGUCUGAUAGCAUGACUAGACAGAUGAGGGAAUCUGAAAUUGUUAACUUAGCUCGAGUAUUCAAGAAAAGGGUUUACACAUAUUUAGGAAAUAGCAUACCCUAGAUCAUUCCUUCCCAUGGUUCAUUUCUUUUUUAGUUUGUACAUAUCAGCAUUCUGCAAGAAUAGCUGUCAGAAGGCUGCAAAGAUGAGGGGUAGCCAUGAACUCAUUUUGUCCUUUUUUCUUGGUAGUGAUCGUAAGAUUACCAGAUUUGAUCUCCAGCAAUUUUCUGUCCGUAUUGUGAGAAGCUCCUAUAGGAUCCACCUUCUCAAGUAGAGGCGCGGGCUACCCAAUAUUGGCUUGGGCAGGUGGCCUCCAUAAAAACUCUUAUCACAUUUGCUAUUUGAAUUUUUAACAAUUCGGGCAGCAAAAUUGCUGGGAAUAGAGAGAAGAUUACCCCCUCAUCUGCAAAUUUUGGACGACCGUGAAAGAGUGUAUUACGAAGAUGAUGUCGGAUAUAGAGAUACCAGUUUUUGACAAUGCAAAAAGUGUUUUUUUCCGAAGUUUUUAGCUUCUAUUGGUAAUCUGAGACGUAUUAUUCUGGCCUAUUCUGUGUAGCAAAUCUACUGUACAUCUUUGACAUAAAAGUCUCUGCCGGCUCUUUUAGUUUCUUGAAUAUCAUGAGACCAGAAGUUUGCUUGA